GUAGGAGAUCGCGGCUUACAGCCAGUUGACGCUCAGCCGACACACGAUUCGCGUCGCGCGCAAGCCAGUUUUCCCGCGCGAAUUUAAAAAGCGCGUGUUCCAAAUUUAAAUUGCAAGUUCCUUUCGAUCGUUCCGCGGUACACAACAUGCCUAAAAAGAAAUAAAAUAGUUGAAAUCAAGUCGCGUUUUAAGUUAUUUUAUAUAUUAUUUCAAAACAUGUGCUAAAUUGUGAAUUCGUGUUAAUGACAUUUGUUUAAGUGGCGUAUUCGGGUGUAAAAAUCUGUGAUAGUACAUUGCUGUGAAACUUUGUACCCAGUGCAUAACUUUAACCGUUCGGUUGUAUUCCAGUUUCGUGAAAUUAAAUUUCGCGAAGCGUUCGAUAAUUUUUCUUUAUGAUAGGUCCAUAUAUGAAGUGUCAACAUUUCUACCCCAAACAUUAUGAUUUACAAAUGGAUAUUAUGAUAAGAGUGAAGUGUUGCCAAGAAACUAAAAACCCAAAGUGACGAAGUGCCAUUUGGUGUCUGUAGUGCUACGUUCCGCUGCUCCCUUACCUGUUUAUUAAAUCGUUACCAUGUCGGACAAGACUACAUCGUCGGUCGGCCCGAGAAGUUUCGAGACUAUUUCCGAGGAGGAUGGGCAGGAUGGCUCGCCCUGGGACAAGUUGUUAGGAGACGAAAAGAGUACUGUUCCUAUUAUAAUUAAGACCGAAGCUUCGAGCACGACUUCUAGAAGCGGAGAGGAGGUUUCCCUACAUCCUCAGGCCAUCGACUUGGAGUCUAACAAGCUGACGCGCUCGAAGAGCCUGGUGCAUCAGAGGAGGAACAGCAGCGGGCUUCUGGCGGCCAUCCCGCGGCAGUUGAGGAACUCCUUCUCCUUGAGAGGGGUCCACAGCGAACCGUCCAGCGUCAAAGACGUGCCCACCACACGGAAUGACAGCUCCCUCAACCUUCUACUUAGAUACCGUCAAGCCCGUUAUGCAGCGAGGCGCGUGAGAAAGCGCGUCAUCUUCAAACACGGCGAUUGCAACGUCGUGCAAUGGAACGUGGCCAAGCGCAGACGCCGGUACCUCCAGGACAUCUUCACGACCCUCGUGGACGCGCAGUGGCGCUGGACGCUGAUGGUGUUCGCGCUCUCCUUCAUCCUCUCCUGGUUGCUGUUUGCGCUCAUCUGGUGGCUCAUCAUCUUCACGCACGGAGACCUAAACCCCCCCGCCAACAACACCGACCCCAUCAUCCCCUGCCUCAACAACGUCAACACCUUCACCGGUUGCUUCCUGUUCUCCGUCGAAACUCAACACACCAUCGGAUAUGGAUCCAGAACAACGAAUGAGGAGUGCCCAGAGGCUAUAUUCGUUAUGUGCCUGCAGAGUAUUGUUGGAGUCUUCAUUCAAGCAUUUAUGGUGGGUCUAAUAUUCGCGAAGCUGGCUCGAGCCAAAAAGCGUAACACCACGCUCCUGUUCUCGAGGAACGCGGUCAUUUGUCUGAGAGACGGCGAAUUCUGUCUCCUAUUCAGAGUGGGUGACAUACGCAAGUCGCAUAUACUCGAAGCGCACGUCCGUGCUCAGAUUAUUCGGAAAAAGAUCACCAGAGAAGGCGAGGUGCUCCCGUUCUACCAGCAAGAGUUGAAAGUCGGCGCCGACGGAGAGGAGGACCGUCUCAUGUUCAUCUGGCCCAUGACCAUCGUCCACAAGAUCAACGAGAAGUCGCCGCUCUACAAUCUGUCGGCCGCCGACAUGCUUAGGGAGAGAUUUGAAAUCGUCGUGAUGUUAGAGGGUGUGAUCGAGUCUACGGGGAUGACCACGCAGGCUCGCAGCAGUUUCCUCCCGUCGGAGAUUCUGUGGGGGCACCGGUUCGAGACUAUGGUGACGUUCAGGAAGGACACUGGAGAAUACGAGGUCGACUACACGAGCUUCAACAACACCUACGACGUGGACACGCCGCUGUGCUCGGCGAAGCAGCUCGACGAGCUGAGGGCGACGGUGUCUACUUCUCAGAAACUAGAUCGUUUGCUCGGCACCAUACCAAAGACCUUCUCCAACGACACCCUGGACCUCAGCUCCGUGGACUCCAUGUCUCUGGACGAACAUAUAGAGAUCAAGAUCCCCGACGCGAGGGCCAAGGAGAACCGGCUGCUCGCCCAAAACAAUUUCGUACAGAACAUCAAUGAGAAAUCUAGAAAUACCAGCCACAAUCACCUAGCCGUUGAGACCGGCCAAGAAUUACCCAAGAUUCAGAAUCAUCAUGAACAUGAAAGCCACAAAAAUGGAGAUGCGAAGGAAGCUCAUAUGCAUAGAAGCCAUAGUCACGCUAGUAUGAAGAAGGUGCAUGGCCUCACGCCAAACGGCAUCGGCCAUCACGGACAUGAAAAUAAAGUCGACGAUAUCAACAGAAUAAAGAACCUAUGUCCGCAGAUCGCCAAGUGCGAACCAGCUGGCGGCGCCCCCCACCAUCCCCAUCCUUGUGACGGAGGCCGACGUCGCCUGACCUCCUCCAACCCCGCGACCCCUGGCAUCCCCGGGACCCCCGGGACCCCUGCGACCCCCUCUGAGGCCGCACAACAGAGAACACCCACGCAGGGUUAAGAACAGAGUUCGCUUCAGCAGCGAGAGUACUGAGAACAUGUGGGUAGAUGGCGCUAUGAGUACUUAAUUUAUCGUAGUAGUACGUAAAUACUAAAGAAGAUAUGCCUCUUUUGUGGGUCAUUGAGUUCUAUCGAUUCAUUUUCGUGGACAUAUUGUUACAUUAAUUAAUUUUUGAUAGCAAUGUCGGUUAUUUUGUAGAGAUUUCAUAUUUCUUUCAAAUAACUGGAAAGACGAUCAAAAUCUACUUCUUUAAGAUACUUUGCCAAGAUCACGCACGAAAGUAGCCUUUUUCAAAAAUAAUCUGAAUAAGACUACUUUCGUGCUGUAUUUUUUUUUUGUUAUUUUUGUCAGGAAAACUUCUUCCUUUUUUCUUCUUGUAACUUCUUUAGUAUUAUGUAAUACUUAAUAUGUUUAAGUGCAAACUUUUAGUAUAGGUAGUACAGUGACUUUUCCGUCAGAUUGUCCUCUUAGUUUUGUCUGAUAUGUGGAAAAACAAUAACACUCACAGCGUGCCUGUGUAAAAAAUAGUGCCAAAUAAAGUCUUCCUUUCUGUUUUAUUCCAUUUACAUAAUAAUUUUACAUACUUGUACAAUUGAUUUCAUAACAGUGACAGGAAAUACAAAAAAGGCUUCACUUAUCUAUCCGAAUUUUCUUAGUGACUAGGUUUCCUAUCUGUGUAUGAGAUGAGAACGGAAAUAACGAUUUCCCUUUUUAUGUAGUAAAUUUGAUAAUGUGCGAGUGAAUUUAUUUAAAAUUUUCUAGACCAAGUAUUUAUUCGAAUAAAUGCGGCCAAAAAUUGCGGAGCUAAUUUAUAACAAGAGCUUUAAUUUUUUAUGAUAACUAUCAAAUUUUUAUCCUUCAUAAUCAGUAACUUGACUUAAGUAAUACCUGCCUACUGUAUGUCAGCGCAUAAUAUAUUCACAUAUCUGAUCUUUAAAUCAUGAAAGAUUAAUUCUAGGUAGAGUCAAGAUACUGAUUAUGUUUUCUUAGAUAGGUACUUUUAGACAUACGAGUAAAAUGACACCACGAUCUGUCUUUUUAUGCGAAAUGAAAUGCUCCGCAGCGUGUAUCAAACGUGUUUGUAGGAAUAAAGUCUGUAAUAAUACUGUCGGUAGUUGAACUAACGAUAGAUGUGUAGUUAAUUGCUGAUUAUUUCAGUUUAUAGUAAAUAUUAGAAAUCCGUUGCAUUACGGUCCAAAUGAAUACAGUAAGUGCGUGAGAUACUUACUUGUUUUGUCGUUUGGAUGGUGGUUUUUAUGAUACUCUCGCAAUCCUGACCUGAUUUAUUAAUUUGUUGGUUUGUUAUCACAAAUCAGAUAUCACAACAAACAGCUUAUUUCUGGACAAUUAAUUAAUAAAGACACUAUCCAUCCAUGUCGAUACUCAUCAUUAUUGUAAUGUAGUAUUGUAACUCAGGGAUAAAAAUUAAAAGUAAUACCUACCAUAUCCGUACACGGCGGGAAGAAAUUGAUAUCCGGUGGGAAAAAAUGGAAGAAAUUUGAACCUUAUGUAAUUUUAUUUAAAGUUCAAAUUUCUUCGGUAUAAUAUAGAGUUAUCAACUUCUUCCCGCCGUGUAAGGAUAUAUUUUGUAAUUCUUCGAGUUCACACUAGAGGGGAGUUUUAUUUCUCCAGAUAGCGUCACCUAUACAAUAAUGAUGAGAUCUAUUAAUUAUUUAUAACGUCCUAAAUCAGAACGUUUUUGUCUCUACAUUCUUUUGACACAUUUUUGACGAAGUGUUUUGAAAUGAUGUAGAAACACUUGAUGACAAACGUACCUAUCCAAAUAGAUUAGGUGUUCGAACACCCAUAAUAUCUAACGCUCAAUUAAAACAUCUUUUUAACAUACUCGGGUUAGGACAGUGAAGAGUAACUGGGCUAUAACCGCGAAAAUCGAAGUUCGCCAAUUGCGGGCAUUUUUCUCUGUCACUCUAAUUAAGCCUGUAGGAGCCUGGAGUAAAAGAGAAAGAUCCCCGCGUUUUGCGAAUUUCGGUUUUUGCGGUAGCCCUGUCACUUUGAAUUUUAAAGUCUGAUUAGAAAAUCAGUGGCCCCUGUUUAUUUAUAACACAGUGAAAUAAAACAUUGUAUUUAAUGUUAGAUACAUAAGUUUACUUAUAUUUAUUAUUUUCCUUUAUGUAUUAUGUUUUUAAAGUCAAAUUCAGUAUAUUUAUUUAUUGGCAAUUUUAACAUUGAAUAUAAUUCAUAGAUAGGUACAUAAGCGGUCGUAUUCACUAGAUGUAUCUUAAAUGUAAAUUAAGUAAACAUUGGUGAGAAAAUAAUGGAUUAUUCAGUGUAUUAGCAUUAUGUAGAUAUGAGACAUUUUACAUAGUAAUGUUUAACCUGGGAAUGGUAAAUUAAUAAACAGUGUUAAUCGCUAAUUUUCGUAAUUAAACUUUAUGGCGUGUUCACUUUUGGUUAAUAACGAUUUGAACUAUACUUGAUUCGCCGGUUAUAAGUCUCGAGUGACAGCGCCAUCUAGGGAUUUAUAAAAGACAUAGUUUUCUAUUUCGAGAAGGUGACACUCUUUAUUAGUUUAUUACUACUGUGUGGUUUUACGUAACUAUGAUUGGUAUUCCACUUGUCCAAUUUCUUGGUUCAAUGUGCAUUGCGUCUCACUCUAUUAUUAAGCGAAAUGUGAGAUGCAAAUAUACAUAAGACAAAGAAUAAUUGAAGUAAGGAAUCGAACAUGAAGUGUGAUAAAAACUAAUCAUUAGUCGGUCUUUUCGUACAAAGUACGUGUCUGUUAUAUAUUUACUAGUGAAAUAUACAGCUUUUGUAUUGCCAUUGGGACAUUUUUUACAAUAUUUAUACAACAUAAGUAUUAGAAAUGCUAUGAUUAGGUGGAGCAAGUGCCCUGCAUGGAACAAGUGCCACCCUUAAAAUAACAGGUAAAAAGGGCUAAUUAUAGAGUCGGACCAAAAAAAGUAUGCAGCGGAUUUGAUAGCCCACGCAGUGUAAGUGUUAUUUAUACGUCAUAAUUUCAUAGAAGUUUGACGUUUAAAAUAAAACAUGCACUGCAUGGGCUAUCAAAUCCGCUGCAGGUUAUGAAUGCUGCUGCAAAUGAUCUUGGUCUGACUCUAGAACCGUUGUCUCACCUCAUUAUAGCCUUUGUAGUUAUAAAUAUAUAUUUAUCAAUAGGAUAAAUCAUUAUUAUAUUUUUGUAUAGACUGUUGUUAAGGCGAUAGAAUAAUAAUACUGCUUAAUAAUAAUCGUAUCUACGAUGCCAAAAAUAUCUAUAUAUUUAAUAUGAUAUAAAGCGCAUACAUUUAAUGUUGCCUAAAUUGUAGUCAGAAUCGGAAGUUUAGUUUAAAGGUGACAGUUCAUUUUCCACCGGCAGCUGCAAUACUGUUCAUUUUACUAUGGAAAUUGACAAAAACAUUGUGUUCAGUACUAGUAGUGCAGCUGCGGUCAGAAAUGGAAUGUUACCAUAAUUUAAAAAGUCUUAUUCUAUUGUCUAUGAGACACAGGGGCCUCCACAGCGCGGGCGCUGUAGCUAUACGCUUGAAUUUGUAUUGCCUUACCUAACCUGACGGUUCCUCUACACGAUGGGCCAACGCCGGCCACUCCAAUGGACGCAGCCAUGCGGUAGAAUGAGGUAACAAUAUCACUACCUCUAACGCAUAAAUGCGUCCCUUGGAGUGUCCGGCGUUGGCCCAUCGUGUAGAGGAGCCAUGAUACCUAGUGUUCAUCAGAAUAGAAAGGUAUUAUAUACAAUAAUGACAUA